AUGGUGCAACACAAAACCCUCCCGCCAUCAUCCAAGUCCUUCAAACCGCCCAAAUCCUCAGCUGCGGCAACAUCAUCAAAGAAAACCCCCACCACUAGCAGUGCAGACGCGGAUGCAGACGUGCCUGUUACUGCACCCAAGACCGAAGUAUCCCCACAGGAACUCAAGCACCAGCAAACGCUGCUCAAUAUCUUCAUAGACACCUUCAGCUCUGUCUUCCGCGCCGAUGAUUUUGCUUCUGUGCUGCAGGAGGUGAAGCAAGCGCUGUACAACCGCGAGUUCGCCAAGGCGUUUGGGAAGGAAGGGUACCUGGAUGUCUAUGCCGCGCGAUGGAGUCCGACGCGAGCGCUGUGUUAUGCGCGGGUGUUGGGUGAGAUUGAGGAGCAUCUGAGAGAGGAAGGGAAAGGCAGUGAGGGUGGUGGUAACGAGGUAGAACGACGGAACAAGCAAUCGCCUCUCAAGGUUCUCGCGAUCGGAGGUGGCGCCGCCGAAAUCGUGUCAUUCGCAUCCUUCCUAUCGAGGAACGAAGAGUUUUCAGGAGAUCUCACGCUUCUGGACACAGGACCAUGGAAGGGCGUCAUAGACAAACUGAGCACGACUCUGCGGACGCCGCCCCAACUAUCAAAGUACGCCAGCGCUACCGCAAAAGCGACCAACGCAGCACUGACUCCCGAAUCACGGCUUCGCUGGACGUUCGCACAACAAGACAUCCUGGACCUCACCAAGGAGCAACUCGCGGAGGUGCUGGGAACGGAUGCAUUACUUGUUACGCUGCUAUUUACGCUCAACGAGCUCUACACAUCGGGCGGCAUCGCCAAAACGACCUCGUUUCUACGCACCCUCACCACCAGCAUCCCCAUCAACUCGCUCUUACUCGUCGUCGACAGCCCGGGAAGUUACUCCGAAGCCUCGAUCGGCAAAGAAGCAAGGAAAUACCCCAUGCAGUGGCUCCUCAACCACACCCUCCUCAACGAUAGCAAACUACCCACCGACGGCUGCAAAUGGGAGAAACUCGAAUCGCACGAUUCGAUUUGGUUCCGUGUUGCGGAGCUCCUCCGAUAUCCUGUUGCUUUGGAGAACAUGCGCUACCAGAUGCACCUAUACCGUGCCGUUGCGCGACCCCAAGCCUAG